UGUCAUUUGGAACGGCAGAACGUCUGUCACUCCCAUUAUACUGCCUUUUUUUGGCAUAUUUUACUUUUCUAUUUUACAUUUGCUUUACUAAAAUCCCCAAAAAUGAUGGAAGGAAUGAAUCAGGUGGGGCAGGAGGAAUAUAUCUGGGCUAUGAGAACAAGUGCUUACAGAGAAUCGGACUCAGAUCUGUGGAAAGAACGGCGAUCUUACAGCCAAAUAGGAAAAAAAUCUAAAACCGUAAUUGAUCUUUCUACAGACGAUCGGCAGACGAAAGUCAUGGCGUCUUUAGUUCCUGAUGAGGUCAUCUAUAACGUUGAUGACUACAGUCAUCGGCAAUACGAUGCGUGUUUCCUCUUCGGAGACGUUUCCGGUUUUACCGAAUUGUGUGAAAAAUACACAAAAACUGGUGUUUCGGGCCCUUCUCGAAUGACCCAAGUCCUCAAUAAAUACUUGGGCUCGAUGGUCCAAGAAGUGUUAUCCCACAACGGCGACGUUUUGAAAUUUUCCGGUGACGCAUUCCUUGCAAUGUUCAAAUCAAGUGAAAGCGACACCAUGCGCGAUGCUGUUCAUGAAGCUCUAGACAGUGCUCUAGUCAUUCAAAAAAAUUAUGGUUCAUAUUUAACGGAUGUCGGUGUCGUGAUUCGAGUGAAACUGGCAAUUUCGACUGGUCUCGUGACUUUUGCUCUAAUUGGAGACUCCACGAACUCCCAUUACGUGGUAGUCGGAAAACCGAUUUGGGAUGUUAAAGCUGCCGAAAGUAUUAGCUCUGCUGGGGAUAUAGUGGUAGCCCCAGCAGCUUGGUAUUACGUCAAUACCAAUGAAUAUGUUUUCAAAGAAAUGCCCGAUAAUGUCCACAUUAGAUUGUUGGGGGUGGGUCCAAACUGGAGGAGUGUACAAAGAAAUGUACGACAACAAAAGCCAAAAGAUCUUGGCGAUGAUCUGAGUGUACGAUCAGAAGCCUCUAUCAGUAGCGAUAUUAUAAACGAUGUUACGCAAGAAGGGACAGCAGAUGAGUUUUCUUUAAGACCAGCGGUGAAUUUGGCUGUGAGACUUAAAAUAAAAGAGUGUCUACGAAGAUUCAUCAUUGCACCAGUCAUGAAAAGUAUCGACAUGGAUGAACCUUUUGAAUACCUAACUGAAAUGCGUCAAGCUGUUAUUGUAUUCAUCAAUGUUAUUUCUUACAAACUCCAGACUGACGAAACAGUAGUAUUAGCCGACCAAACUUUUAAAAUUGUUUGCAGGGUGGUGGACAAGAUGAAAGGUUGUGUAAACAAGGUUUCUCUCUUCGAUAAAGAUUUGAUGUUUGUUGUUAUUUUUGGCUUGCGUGGUCUUAAACACGAAAUGGAGUGCCAAGUCGCACUAAGAUGUGCGAGAGAGUGUUUCGAAGAGAUUAAUAAGCUUCAAGGAGUUUUGUCUACUUCUAUUGGAGUUACCACAGGCAAAACAUAUUGUGGAGUCUUCGGACAUACCCUUCGACGCGAAUAUACGGUUAUUAGUCUUAUUGUAAACAAAGCAGCUCGAUUGAUGGUAGCGUACAAAAACAAAGUUACUUGUGAUAGAGAAACGUUUCUGCACAGUAAACUUGAAGCUAGGCAUUUUAUUUUACAAGAACACAAGCCUUUGAAAGGAAUAUCUCAUCCUGGGCCGGUUUAUGAAUUUCGAGAGACUGAGCUGGGCCAUGAUCAAAUUCAACGAAUAAAUGCUUGCCCCCUUUUGGGUAGAGUCUCAAAGCUGAAACUUUACCAACACCUCCUGCAACAAUGCACUCAAUCUUCAACUGGAAACGAACAACAGUACAAAAUGUUUCUGAUAAGAGGAGAACCUCGUCAGGGGAAAACCCGACUUUUAGACGAGUUCGUGUAUAUAACACCGUCGCAUAUUCCCGUUCACAAGUUAACAAUGGCGAUGAAGGAUAAGAAAAUUCCUUAUCAGGCCAUAAGACUUGUCUUUAAUGCACCUUUGCAACUAGCCCCUUGGGCAUCAGUGAAAGAAAAAGAACAGAAACUUUUGGACGCACUGAGAAAAAUACAAGUUCCUGAUCUUUUAUGCAUAUUGAAUAACGUAUUCGGUGUCAAUUUCAAACACUCUGACUUGUACUUGUCACUAACAGAAAACGCAAAAUUGGUAGCUUUGAAAAAAAUGAUCAAACAGCUAUGUUAUGCUUGUUUCACAACACUUUGGGUACUUGCAAUCGAUGAUUGUGAAUUCAUAGAUGAUGAUUCUUGGGAUCUUAUGAACACUUUUUUUGAAGUUAAAACAGUUUUUAUUGUUGCUACAAUGGGUCUGUAUAAGCUUGGUCAUGAGACAUUUCUUGAUGAUCCUCGUAUCAAGAUCGUACAUCUUGCACCGAUUGAAAGAUGGUGUUUGGGAGCUUUGGCUUGUCAAAUCUUAGAUGUGUAUGCCAUAUCUCCCGAAUUGGAAAAUGUUAUUCAGACGAAAAGUAAUGGCAACCCAGGUUGGAUAGAGAGCUUUUUGACUACUUUAAUACAAGACAACGCCUUGUAUAUAUUAAAAGCUUCUCUGAAAGAUAUAAAUGAUCUUGGUCUAGUGUGUCCACCUCUUUAUAUGAUGACAAGGUUGUCCAAAGACGAAACUAUUAAAUGGCAACAUAUAAUGGAAGAAAGGAGACGUUCUAUGGAUUCGCUCACAGAAAGAGACGAUUGGAAGCGAUUUAUCGACAGUUGCCGAGAUAGUUACUUGAAUGUCACAAUAAGAGAACGAAUGGAGGAUUUGUCAAGAGGCGGCAAAGUUCCGAUCUGUGUAAUCACAGCAAAUUUCCGUGUGGGAGAAGAAGAAGGCGAAUUAUCAAUGGAUGCUAUGAUAUUAAAAACAUUCGAUUCGCUUAACUUUUUUGAACAACUUUUAGUUAAAUGUAGUGCUAUUUUGGGCAACCAGUUUUUGCGAAGCAUGCUUUUGUAUGUUAUGUCAGCGCAAGAUAAAAGAAAAGCGGCUUUAGCUAUCCAGAGAUUAUUUGAAAUUAAAGUCCUCACAUGCGCUAAGGGUGACUUUCUGGAGGAAAGUGGCGUUUUCAAAGAGAGACUAGUAGACCCAACUGAUGAAACCAUUCUGAAAUGUAGAUGCAGAGGAAUCAAAAUUGACGAAACUUGUUCUGACCUCCCGAGAUACGCUUCGUGUGGUUACUUGCAAUUUCGGUCUUCACUGUUUCGCGACAUUACUUACAACCUGUUGACAGAUAAUCAGAAGAAAGAGUUUCACUCUCGAGCUAUCAGAUUUCUGGAAAGAGAAACCCGAAAAUGUAGAUCUUGUGGUAGCGGAUUUUUUGUCAGAAUUCUAGGUACUAGACAAGAUAAGGAGUUUCUAACCGCUCGAGAUAGACAAAAAAGAACUUCUCUUUCGGGUUCUUGGGAUACACUGAGUACAAGUCGGCGCAAUUCCUUGCGUAGUGUAUCCACUUACUCGGCCGGAAGCCAAAAAAGUCAAAGGAAACUCAAAUAUGAUGAGAAAUCAAUCGCCUCUCAUAGUACUAUUUUCGGAGAUUCUAUGCCUGGCCGCGAAAAAUCAUUUAAUGCAACUCUUGGAAUUACGAUAAUUAAGAGGUUGAAACAUAGCUAUUCCUUGACGAGAGCGUUUUCUGCUGAAGAUUUUACCGAUUGCCAGUGCCAAUUGAUUUUAAGUACGACGUAUGGCCAGUUGAUUGAACACUGUAUGGGCGCGAAUGAAUUAAAUAAAGUCCUUGAUGCGAUGUUGGAGUAUGCUUACAUUAGCAUAACUACUUAUAACAUUCCUCUAGCAAUGAAAAUUUUAAUCGAGGCAUUGGAUGUAUUAAGAGAAAAGGAAAAAAUGAAAUCAGAAAGCAAGUGGAAACUGUCACUAAUUCGUGGCAAAGUGUAUACUCUAAUUGGGUACUCUCGUCUAGAACUUGGCAACUUUAGCGAAGCAUUGAGUGUGCUUCACACAGCAUUGUCUGAAUAUGGAAUUAGGUUUCCAAAAGGCAUGAGUAAGCAAUUAAAAACUUGCAUGAACGAAUUUCGACAAAUUUUCGGCUUUUAUGUAUUUCCACGCACCUUGAUGAAACAUUUAGAUCAUUGGGAAACAGUUUUUGCUAAUAAUCUAGCAGAAUGUUUAUCACAUCUCUGUACCUUGUAUAGGAUUAAAGGCGAAUGGAACAACGCAGAGUUGGCCGCAAGUUGGGGUUUGAUUAAAUCGUUUGAAUCCUUCAGUGACUUUCAAGUUAUUUGCACAGCAUGUGCUAAUAUGUUAUAUGUUGCCCACCACUUCCAAAAAUGGAAAUUAUGCGUUGCGUUGGAAGUUCAUUCGUUGCGUUUAUGUCACUUGAAAAAGACUUCGGUAGAAGCUGAAGACCUUAAGUGUGUUGCGAAACUUUAUGGGGUCAUUUUUUGUUCGAGAAUGCUUCGAUCUGACUUGGACAAGGCAAUACAUAUCGGAUAUAUAGUCUUGAGAUUGUGUUCUUCAAUUCGUGCUGUUAAGAUAAUUCUGCCAUUGCUUCCGCUUCUGCUUUAUGCUCUUUUGAUUGGAAAACAUUUCAGCAAUGCGUAUUCAAUUCUUCAAGAGCUCGAAUAUUUUGCUGCAGAAGAUUCUGACAAUUCGGGCAAAGUUUGGUAUUUCUCUUUAUGUAUUUGUCUACAACUCGAAACUGGAUACACUGUGCUCCCUUAUCACGUUUGUGAACGGUUUUACCAGAUUGAAGGUGAGAACUGGAUAACCAUCCGAGAUCCUGAUGCCAGGAAAAGAUUUUUCACUGUAAUGUGGUUAUGGUGCGUGCGACAUGAGAACUGGGAAGCAGCAUCUAUAUGGUGCAUUAAGUCCAAUGACUUUUCUGUUACCUUCGAAAGUGACACCUUAGCCAACAAAGUAACUGCGUUAUACUUGCUGGAAGGUUUAAUUUUGUUCUUGGUAACAAAAUUGGAUAAGAGAAAUAUCAAAGCUGUUACCAGAGCCGAGCAUGAAAUUGACCAAUUAAUUAAAUCCAUUAGUCAAGCAGCACAAAGAAAUAAAGUCAUUUUAGCUAGACUCUACCAUUUGAAAGCGUACUACAAAUAUGUGAAAAGUAAUGACGCAAAAGUGACCAAGUUGCUGUACAAGGCAAGGAAAUACGCUGAAAAGUAUGGAAAUAAAUUAGAAGCUUCUUGGAUUGAUCACAGUGAGAAAGCGUGGAGUAAAAGUUUGCCUCCUAUAUCCAUCGACUUUUGGAGGGAGCAUUGUGAAACAGAAAACUUUCUUGAUUUCCAAGAUAUUGAGAUCAGUGAAGGAAAGUUGGGAUUUUUCACUCUGCCUACACCAGUGUACAUUUAGCUGAAAAUAAAAGACUUUGAAUUG